AUGAAACGCCGAUCUAGACUCCACCGCCGGUCCUCCCCCAACCGGUCGGCCGAGCCAUUUCUCAAAUACCUAAAGCCCGGCGCGCUCGCCCAAAUCCGAGACUCCCGAAUCAGCAGGGCCAGAUCGCACCAGCUCAACUGGCUCUCUCAGAUCUGUGUAUCGCCGCCGUUAUCUCCGGGCCCCGACGCGGGUCUUCCCCAGGCCAACGUGAUGGAGGGAUUCCCUUGCUUCUCGGGUCGGAUCUACGGCCCCAGAUGUCCCCAGCGGAAGAAGCUUGCGGCGUCCAAGUCGGUUAUGUUCCUCAGUCCCUCGAGCCCGGUUCACGACUCUCCCGAUCCGAUAAUCGAUCUGUUUAGUACGGACAUUCUUGCUGCACAUUGA